AUGUCGCUCGACACCGAAUUAGAUACAGCGACGAUAAUAGCAAAUCUAGAGGCUGAAGUCUCUGCCUUGAAUAGCCAAGCAUCCCGCCUCGUCCUUCAACUCGCGGAAACCGUGACGAAGAAAACGGAACUCGAAAAUGCGCUCGCCCGACACAAAAAUGCCACCGUUCCAAUGUUGUCUCUACCCGACGAGAUGCUCGCGCUCAUUGUCACCGCGUGGCAAGAGGUUGCCAGGCCACAGGAGCUCGUUCCCGUCCUUGCAUCACAGAUUUCGCGACGUUUCCGUUCGGUUGUGAGCAGCACUGCAACACUCUGGACCGCAUUAUCCCUCUCCUGUGACUCCGAAACAACGCAGCAACAGCUCGACAUGUAUCUCAGUCAGUCAGGUCGCUGUUUGCUGUCCGUCAGCCUUUUGUUCUGGAAUACCACAGACGAAGACACAGACUACAUUGCUCCCGCGCUGCCCACCCUCUGGAUAAACUUUACGCGGGUUAGCCGGCUUGUCAUCGAUGCACGAGGGUGCCAGAUAGAGCUUUCUGACCUCUUCCUCGGUUUGAAGUCGUGCGAGGCCCCACACCUCGAAUAUCUUGAAAUCGUCGCUCCACCAGAUGGUGCUUCCGAGUCAGAGCUUGACAACGAGCAGGAACUGGCCCUAUGGCAACUCUUCGUUGAUGGAGCACCCCGUCUGAAAACGUUGACUUUGGGGGACUUUUAUCUGGAGGACGAUCAAGUUUGGUUUGCCAGCCUUGAAAAUGUUUGCCUGCAAUUCAUGUCAUUCGUCUACCCAGGCAUUUGGGAUAGCAUGCUCUCCGACUCAUCACGACUCGUGCAUCUGACGGUGGAUGGGUCCAGUUUCGUCUCUGAUGCGCCGAGAGGAAGCAUAAAGCUACCCAACCUUCGCACGUUUCGCAUCCUCCGUGUCAUUUCGUGGCUUCAAAAUGUCCUCUUCUCCAGGACACUUCUGGUGGCUGUUGAUGCUCCGACACUCGAAACAAUGGAGUUCACCCAAGUCCACGGCAGACAAGUUGCAGCGUUCUUCCACCUGUGUCCUGUGUCGCAAUAUCCUGUCUUGUCUGCGGUCACUUUCGCAUGUAGCUCCUCGUACUGCAACGGUUGUGAUCGGCGGCCUGCUGUGAUACCUCGGGAAGUACUGACCCGCUUCAGUCGAUUAUCGACCCUUUUCCUCUUCAAUGUCUGCUUCAUGCCGCGCCUUGUCGAGGACCUACUGUUGACCACACCAGGUCGACUGCAGACGCGUCUUGGGGGAUUACCAGCCUUGCGCACUAUGUGGCUGGAUUACAGGCUCGCUGAUAAGUUUGGCAUCUCCGCAUGGCCUCCGCUUACCGAAGAUUCUGGCGUGCCAUAUGAUGACCCGCUUGUUUCUCUUCGGCGCCUUCAUGAGGCUCGAUACGUUUCAGACAACGAAUAUCCGCCACUCACUCUCUGCCUGCCUCGCUCUCAAUAUUUCAUAGAACCACCCCCGGGUUGGAACAAUGUGCGGGUUAUGGAUAUCGAAGAUGCUGUUUUACGAGAGUUAGAAAUCAUAUCGUAG